ACGUGACUCCCCUGUCUGCACCAGCGUUCUCCUUCUGCUUCCCUCUCCUCAACGCCAUGCUCAGGGAGUCCUCCGGCAGCACUGAGGAGACAGAGAACCUGAUGACCAGAGCCUUGCAAGUCAUCAACGAACACUGCCAGCUUCGGGCCGAGACAAACAUUGAUAACUUUGCCAUAGAUGAGAACGGGCCUGAGCUGCUUCCACGUGUCAACAUGUUGCUGCUGCUCACCAGAAUCAUUUCCACAGCCACCCCAAGACUUCAGGUGUUAGCGUCUCAGUGCCUGACCGCUCUGUGUGCCAGUGCUGGAGGUGACGAAGGCUGCACUGUGGCAGAGCAGCAAGAGAUAGAUGUGCUGCUCAACGCCCUGCUGUCACCCUGCUUCUCUGUCCGGGACUCCGCCCUCAGGCGCCUGGGCAAGCUCCAGGUGCUCAAUAUUGGAUUUAGGUUAGUCAAUAGCAUCAAUGCCUUUGUCAUCCAGGCACUGUUACACUCUGGCCACAUGAGGCCGUGCAUUGUCCUGAACCAGGAGGACCCCAGGGCCCACUGCACCAGCGUGUGGUCUAACAAUCAUUCUGACGAUUUCAUCCCGGUACCUAACAGCAGUCAGGGCGGUGUUGGCUAUGACAUGGAG